AUGUCACUUUCUCCAGCCUCAUCUCGCAAGUGGGUGUAUGGGGUAUUUGUCGCGGGUUUAGUGCUCCUUAGCCUGAUCGGCUUCAAUCCAGCCCUCUUGACCGACGCGACGAGCCAGGGAGUAUCCUAUGUCUAUGACUUCCCCUAUGCUCCGGAGACUGGCCUUGCCUCCAAUCAGCUGGCGAAACUGAAAGCGUAUCUUCCUGAGCUUGAAGAUAUCGUGUCAGCAUUGCGAAAGACGACGAUGAUAGACCAACCGGUAUCUGCUGAAUGGUCGGCAAGCAUCGCCAACAGGACUCUCGGAUUCCAAAAAGUCUUCGUCUUAUCACUUCCAACCCGGCCAGAUAAAAGAGACAGUAUCAGUGUGCAAGCUUCCCUCACAGAGUUUGACGUGACGUUUGUCGACGGUGUUGUAGGCUCUGAAAUCGGUGAUAAAGCUCUACCAUAUACAAUGACAGGUAGAGUUAACGAAUUGGGAUGUUGGAGAGCGCACAUGAAUGUCUUGCAGAUGAUUGUGAACCAAAACAUUGCAACAGCCUUGAUCUUGGAGGACGAUGCGGACUGGAACGUUGGGCUGAAAGCGCAACUCGUUCAGUACGCGCGUGGUGCCAGGUAUCUCCAGGACGUCGAAGAAAAUGCGGUGACCAGAUCUGCCUAUGGUGAUGACUGGGACAUGCUAUGGCUGGGACACUGCGCCGCAUUCACCAACCACACGGACAAGCGGCGGUUCGUGAUAGCCAACGACCCAACGGUGGAACCGGUAGGACACCGCCACUACUUGGAGGAGAUUCCCGACAUGUCAACGUGGGAUCAUCCGUCCAACGAUGUCAACGAUACUCGGAUCGUCUUUCGGUCCGCCGGUGGAGUCUGCACGGCCGCACAGGCAGUGUCAUUGGAGGGUGCUCGAAAAGCCCUGUACGCCAUGAGCAUGACACCAUAUAACAAUCCUGUCGAUUGGGGUUAUCAAAACUUGUGCAACAACAGCGAAGCCCAUUUCUCCUGCAUCUCACCGUUUCCCACUCUCUUCGGCACCAGUCAACCAGCAGGAGCGUUGAAUCGGGGCAGUGACAUUAGCAGUAGAGAUGGGGUGCGGCCGGAAGCCCACUCGAGCAAGACAGCCUUUUCUACUCGUCUCAAUAUCGAGAGGCUGAUUCUGGGUGCUGAUAAAUUCAAGAGUCAAUUUCCCUGGGGGGCUGGUGAAGAGAUGACAUAUGAUGAGAUAACAAGGGGUGUGGGCCAUGCAGAAGUUUUGCCUUGAGAUUGAGACUCGGCAGACUGAGAUGAGGUUUGUCGAGGAGGUGUUAAUUGCUUGCAAUUGUACAGACGAGAACAUUGGAAAAGGGUGAAUUUCGAAAGCUACCAGAGUACAGAAUAAGUUAUUGUGAGUGCCCAAAAACUUACGGCCUGGGACCGUUCUCCAAGGGCCUAGGGAGCC